AUGACUUCGUAUAACACGGCCGGCACCGUGUCUGCCCCGCUCGACCUCGUGAGAGGGGAGCACGAGAGUGUCACGAUCAAUGGCGCGCGUCGCGUCGCACCAAAGCCAAAGGUCACGCUGACCAGUUUGACCGUCAAUAAUGUCGGGACACUGCGCAAGAUCAACAAUGUCGUGUUUCCCAUCGUCUACUCUGAGCGGUUUUAUAGCGAGGUCCUGGAACCCAGCCUUGACGACGUUAACAAGCUGGUCUACUACGCAGACAUACCCGUCGGCGCGUGCUGUUGCCGCAUCGAGACGGGGGCUAAGCAGGACCCGCCGACGCUUCUGAUUCUGACGCUUGCCGUCCUCGCUCCUUACCGCUCGCAGGGCCUCGGCUCCGCUCUCGUACGGCAUGCACUCCGCUCGGCGCUGCACCCCACCGCUCCUCCCGCGCCCACGCCACCUGCUACCGGUACCGCUACUCGCGCACAGCUCACCCAGGCGCCGCCACGCAAGGUCAUCAACCGCGCUAUCGUGCACGUUCAAGUUGGCAACAACGAGGCCAAGCACUUUUACGAGCGCCUCGGGUUCAAAGAGAACAAGAUCCUCGACAACUACUACACGUCCACGCGUAUGGAGCCGCGGGCGGCGUGGAUGCUUGUGUGCGACGAUAUUGCCGCUGCGCUUGGCGAGGAAGGCGCCAACGGAGCUUAG